AUGCAACAUUUUUCCACUACGGCAUACGACAAGCUCCGACGUCGUUAUGAUGUAUUGGCAAAUAAAAAUGAUGAUGGAAACACACGAUUCUUUGUUAUCGGUGACUGGGGUGGUUUACCAUUCGCACCAUACAAAACUCCGUCAGAAGUUGCUGUAGCUGCUGCCAUGGGUAAUUUGGGCAAAACGUUAAAUACGAGUUUUCAGUUGGCAUUAGGUGAUAAUUUCUAUUUUGAUGGUGUACAAUCGGUCACUGAUCCAAGAUUUCAACAUACAUUUGAGCAGGUAUUUUCGGCUGCGUCAUUACAAACACCUUGGUAUGUUUUGGCUGGAAAUCACGAUCAUAAAGGCAAUGUUUCGGCACAAAUUGAAUAUGGAAAAAUAUCAAGACGAUGUCUAUGGCAAAGUGAUAAACAAACGAAAUUAGUCGAUUUUGUCAUGCUCGAUACUGUCAUACUUUGCGGCGGAGGAAAUUUAUCCGAUUGGGAACAUACUCCAUUGAAAGGUCCUGCAAGUGAUCAUGUAGCUGAGGCUUAUUGGCAAUGGGUGGAAGAGCAAUUUCGUCAAUCAACUGCUCCAUAUCUGAUAGUCAGCGGUCAUUUUCCCGUGUAUUCAGUUGCUGAACAUGGUCCGACUAAAUGUCUUGUUGAUCGUCUUCGUCCAUUACUUCAUCAGUAUCGAGCAACAGCAUAUCUCUGUGGUCAUGAUCAUAGUCUUCAACAUUUGGCUGAUGAUUUGGAUGGAACACAUAUGAAUUAUUUCGUUGUUGGUGCUGGUAAUAUCGUAGAAAACAAUCACAAUCAUGCCAAAGAUGUGCCUGCUGAUUCACUCAAGUACUAUUGGGGUGGUGCGAUACUUCUCGGUGGUUUUGGUUUGAUCGAAGCCAAUAACACACAAAUGACCUUUUCAUUUAUUGAGCAUUCGGAAAAAACAUUGUAUCAGACAGUAAUGAAGCCUCGAUUCUAA